UAUGUCAGUUCAAAACACAGCUCCAUAGCUCAGAAACAUUUCAUACCCAGCAGUCCAUAGUCACUACAAAAUGUCCUCGGAAAUGCAGUGUCACUGUCGAGCAUGCCGCCUCAAUGUUCCCACCGAUAUCAUCGAUCUGUGCAGUCCAGAGAAGCAGUCAGCGAAGCGCCUACGCCGUGAGCUCGGAGAUUUGGAGGACACUCCCUACAAGUGUCCCAUAUGCAUGGAGAAUGUGCGUCGACGCCAACCAGCUGCCACACCAUGUGGCCACGUCUUUUGUAUCGACUGCAUUCAGAAGGCCAUCGAGGAUUUUAGGAAGUGCCCGAUGUGUAACAAAAAAAUCACUUAUAAGCAAUUAACUCGAAUCUUUCUUUAAACCAAUUUCAAGUUUGAAUUUAAAGUUUACGUUGCUACGUUAUGUGUUAUUAAAUUUACUGCCUUAUUAUUUAUAAAAAAUUAACUCGAAUC